CGAUAAAUUAUACUUAUUCUUAUUUUUGGUGUAUCGGAAUAGGCUUAUUCGACAUUUUACAGUUUUAACGUUAGAGAUCGGUGAAAACAUGCUACUAGUGUCAGUAUUGCAUGCCAUUUUCAGUUUGAAGUGUCAGUGAUAUAAUAAUAAUCCUAAAGUGCAAUGACAUUUUUUUAUAUAAGAGAUGUUUCUUACAAAGUUAAAUUUCAAGUUAUUCUCUCCCAAUAACUUUACCUUAGCGAUAAUAAAAAAAUAUUCGUGUUUAACGUGCCAAAGUCUAACCCUACUUUCCUCUAGCUUUACAAAGCAAAAUAAAUAUAGUUUAUUACCAAUUAGAAGUUAUUCACAAAAUACUAAAAACGAAUUAGCUCAUUGCAACAUUGGCACUAUAGGUCAUGUAGAUCAUGGCAAAACAACAUUGACAGCAGCAAUAACAAAAAUUUUAUCAAAAAAUGGUUCUGCAAAAUACAUAUCUUAUGAUGAAAUUGAUCGAGCUCCUGAGGAAAAAGCCAGAGGGAUUACCAUCAAUGCAGCUCAUGUUGGGUAUAGCACUACUAAGAGACAUUAUGCUCAUACAGACUGCCCAGGUCAUGCCGAUUAUGUAAAAAACAUGAUAUCAGGGGCUUCACAAAUGGAUGGAGCCAUUUUAGUAGUGGCUGCAACAGAAGGGCAAAUGCCACAAACCCGAGAGCAUUUGCUGCUGGCAAAACAAGUUGGCAUAAAAAAAAUAGUUGCAUUUUUGAACAAAGCUGAUAAAGCUGAUUCAGAAAUGUUGGAAUUAGUUGAAUUUGAAAUUAGGGAUUUAUUAAAUGAAUUUGGAUUUGACGGGGAUAAUGCCCCUAUUGUAUCAGGAUCUGCACUUUUGGCUUUAAAUGGUGAUACCUCUGAAUUAGGCGAGCCUUCAAUAUUAAAAUUACUUGAUUGCAUUGAUGAUUAUAUAACAACACCGAAACGAGAUCUAGAAUCUCCAUUUGUUCUUCCAAUUGAUAAUGCAUUUACUGUGCCAGGACGAGGAACAGUUGUAGUUGGAACUGCAGAAUGUGGUAUUAUAAAAAAGAAUUCUCCAGCUCAAUUACUAGGUUUUGACCAACAAAUUAAGACAACUAUAUCAGAUUUACAAGUUUUCAAGAAGUCUGUGCCCGAGGCUUUUGCUGGAGAUAAUGUUGGUAUUCUACUCCGGAAUGUAAAAAUUUCAACAGUGCAAAGAGGAAUGAUACUUGCUGCAAGUGCAAAUUUACAAAUCUGCAAUCAUUUCAAGGCAAAUAUGUAUUUACUGUCAAAAGCAGAAGGAGGUCGUUCAAGACCCAUUUCUGGAAACUAUAUACAACAAUUAUUUUCGAAAACUUGGAAUGUGCCUUGUAGAAUAGAUUUAUGUGAUUUUGAUAUGCUGAUGCCAGGUGAUAAUGGCGCCAUUUAUCUUGCUUUAUAUAGAAAAAUGUUUAUGAAUAUUGGACAGCCAUUUACAGUACGAGAGAAUAAUGUAACAGUAGCAACUGGAAUUAUAACAGAAUAUUUGAAGAAUGUCAAUACAUCAAAAGGAUUAGUGCAGUCCUAUGGGACAAGGCCAAAAAUACCAAUAUACAGAUAUACAGAUCGUCAUUCAGCGCGUGCAGAAGAAGAUCAUACGGCAGGCACUGAAAGCACCCAGGUACGUUCCCAACUGGCUGAUUCACCAAGACAGUAA